GUUAAGUUUAAAAUCAAUAACGAUCAAUCAGCAAAAAUAGUCAUAUCCGGUACGAUCCAUGUACGUUCAAACAAAAUAUUGUACAGUGUAAUGAAUUGGCAAGAUUCCCGUUUAAAUAUAGCGGCGUCUCUGGUUGGCCAAAACUGCACUUCGCAAGUCUGCUAGUUGGCAUAACAGUUAUAGUUUAAUCACGCUAAAGCCGACAGUGCAUUAUGAUAAUUCAUAAUCAACGAUAAGUGCAUUCGAAUAUAUUGAAUUCGGUUUAUUUAAAAAAAAAUCAUCAUGCCACCAGUGAAAAUCCCCGAAUCUAAGUGGAAUAAGCCUCCCACAGCUAUAUAUGAGGAUAAUUACGGAUAUGGAAUUAAUUUUUAUCAACCUAUGAUCGACUAUAUCACAGCAAAACAACAAGGAGAAUCUGUGAAACCGCCUCAUUUGCCAUGGAAUAAUGAACGAGGCUUAGAAAAAUAUAGAUUCGAUAAACCAAUCAAGGCUUACUCAGAGCACGAUUUGAGAAAAAUAUCGCGGGAUGUUUCUGAACAAGCGAAGAAAGAUUUGAGUUCAGUGAGUAUUAGUAAACGAUCUCCAUUUUCAGUCAUUGCAACCGCAGCUGCGGCGAAUAUAACAAAACAUAUUGAAACCGAGAGUGUAACGGUCAAGACUAAAAGGAAGAGAGUGGAAAAGGAAAAGCUUUUUAAAGAAAGACAAAAUAAAAUGCUUGCAGACGUUGAGAAGCAAUUAGCAACACUAGGUUCGAAUGCAGCUAUAGAAUCUGAACUCAGAUCUAAUGCAAAAUUAUAUCGGGGAAAAUCCGCAAAAGCUAUUGCUCAUACAUUACUUGAAGAGAGCAAACAGAAUGUAAUCAAUGAAAAUAAAAAGGGAAUACAAAAGAAAAAUUUUAAAUUAGACAAUGAUUGGCAAGAGUUAAAAACACUUCAGCAUAUAAACCGUCAGAACCUAGAUAAUGUUUUGCCUUCUGAAUUUAAAAUAAGAUCCAUCCAAACAUUAUGUGAAUCUUCACCUAAAGUAUGUCUUGUGCAAAUAGAAACUGAAAUUCCGAAUAUAAAUAUCGAAUACGUUGAAAAAUUGAACGAAUUAAAAGAAACAAUAAAACAAUUUGAUAAACUUGACAUGAGUAUUUUGGCUAGCAGCAGGUAAUAAUUUUCACUUGAU